UGAUCAUGUACGGACGCGUCGUGUUUAGGCCCUAGGGUCCUCAGUACUCCCACCCUACUACAUUAACUUCUUCUUCCACCACCACCACCACAUUAUUUUCACUACUAUUCUUCUUCUUCUUUUUCUUAAGCGUCAGUGUUGACGCAACCGUUGACUCCAAUUCAAAUUGUACGUAGUUAAAAGUUUCAACCUCACACUUACACACACAUGCAAACAAGCUCUCUGGCGAUAUGAUGUCCUGGCACCGGAAGCUCCAUCAAGUUCCUGAGUCCUCUCUGGAAUCUCAAAUAAGCCAUCCACCGACGAAUUCUUUGUCGCCAUAUGAUGGAAGUCCGCCAGCACCACUGCCUGAACAACCGGCUGAACCACAACCGGCUGAACCACAACCGGCUGAACCACCGACGCCGUCGGUGGGGCUGAAAAUAGGGACAGUGAUAGGAGGGUUAAUUCUGUUGGUUGCUGUGGGCAUUUUCGUCAUUUGGUAUAGAAGGAGAAAUCGGAGGAAACCAGAUGAAGGACCUACGACAAGUGAUCCUACUCCAACACCAUCAACUGGCCAUCCUAUAGCUCUUUCUCAAAGUAUAUUUUCAUAUGAAGAAUUAGACAAGUCAACUAAUGGUUUCUCCGCGAACAACUUUAUUGGUCAAGGUGGUUUUGGUCGUGUACAUAAAGGGGUCCUUCUAAAUGGGAAAGUGGUUGCAGUUAAACAGCUGGAAAAGGACAGUAAACAGGGAGAGCGUGAGUUUAGGGCAGAAGUUGAGGUCAUUAGUCGUAUCCAUCACAAACACCUUGUUUCAUUGGUUGGAUAUUGCAUUUCUGGGGAACAAAGAUUGCUUGUUUAUGAGUUUGUCCCAAAUGGUAACUUGGAAUAUCAUCUGCAUGGAUUGGAGAGUCCAACUAUGAAUUGGCCAACUAGGCUAAAAAUAGCUAUAGGCUCUGCAAAAGGAUUGGCAUAUCUGCAUGAGGACUGUCAGCCCAAGAUCAUACACCGUGACAUCAAGGCAGCUAAUAUUCUUCUUGAUUCUAAUUUUGACGCAAAGGUUUCAGAUUUCGGGCUCGCUAAGUUUCUAGUAGAUACUAUGACUCACAUCUCAACUCGGGUAAUGGGAACUUUUGGUUACUUGGCUCCGGAGUAUGCCAGUAGUGGACAGCUCACAGAUAAGUCAGAUGUCUUCUCUUUUGGGGUUGUGCUUUUGGAGUUGAUUACUGGACUCCGGCCUUUCAAUAAAACUCAAUCCUUCCCUAAUGAUAGCAUGGUUGAGUGGGGAAGGCCAUUGCUCGCGCAUGCUUUAAAACAUGGCAACUUUGAAGCUGUUGUUGAUCCAAGGUUGCAGAAUGAUUAUGAACCUACUGAAUUGGCUCGAAUGGUUGCUUGUGCUGCUGCUUGCAUCCGUCAUAUGGCCCGGUCUAGGCCAAGAAUGAGCCAGAUAGUUAGAGCUUUGGAAGGUUAUCUUUCUCUGGAUGAUCUAAAUGAGGAAAUCUCCCUUGGGACAGCUGGAAACAUAGAUUAUGAUAAUGAUCAAUAUAAGGACUUAAAGAAAUUCAGAAAGAUGGUACCAAUAAGCCACGACCAAGGCUCUAGUGAAUGCAGCGGACCUAGCAACGACUCAGCUUUGCACCAAUCUGUCUCAAGCAGUGAAAGCUAAAAAAAUAUCCAAGCGAUGGAAUUGGGGAAAAUUAAAAAUGAUGCCUCAGAUUUUGGUGUAACCUUCUGCUUGAUGAUUCCAAUUUCCUAGCUUGCACAUUCACCUGCUUUCCUGUCCUGCUCCAUUGAGUUACACUUAUCAUUCUACUUAAGCUUAAUUUUAACUCUUAGAUAUCCAGUACCAUAUUAUUUCUUAAAGUUUGUUUUUUUAAUGUAUGUGUGUCAUUAGAUACUUGCAGAGAUUGAUGGGCACUUGUCCUUUGCUUAUUUGUGUGGAUCAGUGUUGUAGGUCUUUCAUAUUGUUGUUAUCUGCUUUGGUUUCAGUGGGGAAUGUAAUUGAAAAAAUUAUUUCUGUUGA